ACUGCGGGCGCUCGCCCGGCUAAGCCUGCGCGGGGCGUCUUGCUCGCUCCCAGCUCCGCAGGCGGCCUGCGAGUCCUGACCGCUGCGCCGGAGGCCGAGGCGAAGGCAGGAGCUGGCCCUUGGCUCAGUGGCCAGCAAGGCUGUCGGGACAUGGCAAUCUGUGCGGGGCUCGUCCUGGAAGGGAGCGACUUGAGUCACUGUGAUGCCUGAGGAUCAGGUGUGACAUUCCUCCGGGUCCUUCAUGGUGUCCUCCUCCAUCUUCUCCACACCACUGCUCCACGCGGUUCCUGAAACAUGGGAGAAAACGAGGACGAGAAGCAGACCCAGGCCGGGCAGAUUUUUGAGAACUUUGUCCAGGCUUCCACAUGCAAAGGCACCCUUCAGGCCUUCAACAUCCUCACGCGACACCUGGACCUAGACCCCCUGGACCACAGAAACUUUUAUUCCAAGCUCAAGUCCAAGGUGACCUCCUGGAAGGCCAAAGCCCUGUGGCACAAGUUGGACAAGCGUGGAUCCCACAAGGAGUAUAAGCGCGGGAAGUCGUGUAUGAACACCAAGUGUCUCAUCGUUGGGGGAGGACCAUGUGGUCUGCGCACGGCCAUUGAACUUGCCUACCUGGGGGCCAAAGUGGUCGUGGUGGAGAAGAGGGACACCUUCUCCCGGAACAACGUGCUGCACCUCUGGCCUUUCACCAUCCAUGACCUGCGGGGCCUGGGAGCCAAGAAGUUCUAUGGGAAGUUCUGUGCUGGCUCCAUCGACCACAUCAGUAUUCGUCAGUUACAGCUCAUCCUAUUCAAGGUGGCCCUGAUCUUGGGAGUUGAAAUCCAUGUGAAUGUUGAGUUUGUGAAGGUUCUGGAGCCUCCCGAAGAUCAAGAAAACCACAAAAUUGGCUGGCGGGCAGAAUUUCUCCCUGCUGACCACUCGCUGUCGGAGUUCGAGUUUGAUGUCAUCAUCGGUGCCGAUGGCCGCAGGAACACACUGGAAGGAUUCAGGAGGAAAGAGUUCCGUGGGAAGUUGGCUAUUGCAAUCACCGCCAACUUCAUAAACAGAAACAGCACCGCCGAGGCCAAGGUGGAGGAGAUCAGCGGCGUGGCCUUCAUCUUCAAUCAGAAAUUCUUCCAGGACCUUAAGGAAGAAACAGGGAUCGAUCUGGAGAACAUUGUCUACUACAAGGACUGCACCCACUAUUUUGUCAUGACCGCCAAGAAGCAGAGCCUGCUCGACAAAGGGGUCAUCAUCAACGACUACAUCGACACGGAGAUGCUGCUGUGCGCAGAGAACGUGAACCAGGACCACCUGCUCUCCUAUGCCCGCGAGGCUGCAGACUUCGCCACCAACUACCAGCUGCCAUCCUUAGACUUUGCUAUGAACCACUAUGAGCAGCCCGACGUGGCGAUGUUCGACUUCACCUGCAUGUACGCCUCGGAGAACGCGGCCCUGGUGCGCGAGCGUCAGUCCCACCAGCUGCUCGUGGCCCUGGUGGGCGACAGCUUGCUUGAGCCCUUUUGGCCCAUGGGCACAGGCUGUGCCCGUGGCUUCCUGGCGGCCUUUGACACGGCCUGGAUGGUGAAGAGCUGGGACCAGGGCGCUCCUCCGCUGGAGCUGCUGGCUGAGAGAGAAAGUCUUUACCGGCUGUUACCUCAAACGACCCCAGAGAACAUCAACAAGAACUUUGAACAGUACACGCUGGACCCGGGCACGCGGUACCCAAACCUCAACUCCCACUGUGUGCGGCCCCAUCAGGUGAAGCAUUUGUACAUCACUAAGGAGCUGCACCACUCCCCCCUCAAGAGGCUGGGCUCCAUGAGGAGAUCCGUGGGCCUCUCCAGGCAGGAGUCAGACAUUCGGCCCAGCAAGCUCUUAACCUGGUGCCAGCAGCAGACGGAGGGCUACCAGCACGUCAACAUCACCGACCUGACCACGUCCUGGCGGAGUGGCCUGGCCCUGUGUGCCAUCAUCCACCGCUUCCGGCCUGAGCUGAUCAACUUUGACUCUCUGAACGAAGAUGAUGCUGUGGAGAACAACCAGCUGGCGUUUGACGUGGCCGAGCGAGAGUUUGGCAUCCCCCCAGUGACCACGGGCAAAGAGAUGGCGUCAGCGCAGGAGCCCGACAAGCUCAGCAUGGUCAUGUACCUGUCCAAGUUCUACGAGCUCUUCCGGGGCACCCCGCUGAGGCCUGUGGACUCUUGGGGCAAAAACUAUGGAGAAAAUGCUGACUUGGGCGUGGCCACGUCAUCCCUUCCUCACAACUAUCUCAACCUCACGUUCCCCAGGAAGAGGACUCCACGAGUGGACAACCAAACGGAAGAGAAUAACGACAUGAACAAACGGAGGCGGAGAGGCUUCAACAGCCUGCACGAGCGGUCAGCCUUUUCCAGCCGGAGUUUGGGCUCCAGUCAAGAGGGCAGCGUCAGUAAAGAAGGUGGAAAUCAGAACAAAGUCAAGUCCAUGGCAAGUCAGCUGCUGGCCAAGUUCGAGGAGAGCUCUCGGAACCCUUCACUCCUGAAGCAGGAACGCCAUGUCUCGGGGAUAGGUAAGCCUGUCCUUCGCUCGUCCUCUGACCCUCCUGUUCACUCUCGCUGUCUCCAGCCGGAAGAGCCCACAGCCAGCCCAUCGCCUCCUCUGAAAAGGCAGUUCCCCUCCGUGGUUGUGACGGGGCAUGUGCUCCGAGAGAUAAAUCAAGUGUCCGCUGGUGGAGAGUGCCCGAGCCGGCCCCGCAGAGCCCGAGCCCAGUCUGACCUGCAGCUGGGGGGGCGCGAAGAAAUCCCUGCCUGCCAGGGGGCGCUGGCCCUGUCGGGGGUGCUGCGGCGGCUGCAGCUAGUGGAGGAGAAGAUUCUCCAGAAGAGGGCUCAGAACUUGGCCAACAGGGAAUUUCACAAAAAGAACAUUAAGGAGAAGGCGGCUCACCUGGCCUCCAUGUUUGGACAUGGGGAUUUCCCGCAGAAUAAACUCCUCUCUAAAGGCCUGUCUCAUACUCAGCCUCCGUCUUCUCCCUCCUGCCUUCCAUCUCCUGACCCAGCUGCCGCUUCCUCUCCAUCGGCUGCUGACUCUGUUUCUCCUGCCAGAAAGGCAAAAAAUUCACCUUCACGUUUCCAUUUUCAUCCUAGACACGUGGGAGCAGUGCGGCCGCAGGGACUGACGGUAGGGAAAGUGUCCAGCGGAAUAGGGGCUGCAGCCGAAGUCCUGGUCAAUCUGUACAUGAAUGAUCACAGACCUAAGGCCCAGGCCACCUCUCCAGACCUGGAAACCACACGAAAGGCCUUUCCCCUGAACCUGGGCGGCAGCGACACCUGUUACUUCUGCAAGAAGCGCGUGUACGUGAUGGAGCGGCUGAGCGCCGAGGGCCACUUCUUCCACCGAGAGUGUUUCCGCUGCAGCGUCUGCGCCACCACCCUGCGCCUGGCCGCCUACGCCUUCGACGGCGAGGAAGGCAAGUUUUUCUGCAAGCCCCAUUUCAUUCACUGUAAAGCCAAUAGUCAGCAACGGAAGAGACGGGCAGAUCUGAAGCAACAAAGAGAGGAGGAGGGAAUGUGGCCGGAGCACGAAGCCCCUCUGCAAGAACCUCCCACGGAAAGCUCUUGUGCAGCCGCUGCCCUGGGCCCCCCAACAGGCAGCCCCCCAGAUGAGCCAACCUCCCCCAAGAAGCCCAAGAGUGUCCCGCAGCCAGAGCCCCGUGAUGUGGAAGGCGAAGCCACCUCUCCCCCGCCCUCCGAGUGGACCUCCGUGAGGAUCAGCCCCGGGGAGGGCGUGGCUGGGCAGGACGUGCUGGCUGUGCGUGUCCUGGUCACCAGCGACGACGACAGCAGCUCUGAUGCGGAGUUGAACUGCAGCAGCGGCAGCAGCGAGGCCUCCAGCACGGAGCCCUGUGAAGAGAGACCCCAGCAGCCGGACCCCCCACCCCCGCUGGAGCCCCUCAGCCGCCACAGCUCCCUGAGGGAGCCCCUGAGCAGGGCGGCCUCUGCACAGGGCCCCGAGGAGCCCAGAGCUCUGCAUGCUGCUCUGCAGCGGGCCAACAGCCUUCAGUCCCCAACUCUCAGCAAAUACCAGAGCUGGAGAAGAAAGUUCUGGUGGGGGCUGAGGCCCCUCCACGCAAGAAUUGUGUCGCCUCCAAAGGAAGCGUCCCCUUCCGUUUCUCCUUCCUCCUUGUCUUCCGCCUCAUCCUCCCCCGCGUCCUCCGCAGGCAGUGCUCUGGGGGGUUCCCCCCCACCUCAGGUAAGCACCCCUCAGCGCCCCGCCCAGGCAGGAGCCUGACAGGUCUCAAGAGGUCAUUUCAGUCCUUCCACCCCGAUCUUUCUGAGGCGAGCCAGAGCCCAAGGAGCACCCGGCGACAUCCCUCUCUACCUGCCGCACGGCCAGGUGCUGGAGCGGGCAGCGUUCUGCCCGGUGAGGCCCGGGGGAGAGGGCCUCGCCAGCCCCAGGCCCCCCGGCCCUGCGGCGAUGGCUUCCGAUGGCUGUCAGGACGCCAGCGGCACCCACAGAGGCCCACACCCCAUUGGAGGGAAGGGCAGGUGCUCGCCAGAGCCAGAGCUGUCUCCUAGGGCUGCCGAGGGCUCGGGAGAAGGGCGUCCGGACUCCCAGUCCCGGACAGGAGAGGAGGGUGGGUCCGAGCUGGCCGAGGGGAAGAAGCUGGGCUUGAAGAAGCUGGCCCUCACCCAGGAGCAGAAGAGCAAGUUGCUGGAUUGGAAUGACUUCCACCCCCAGAGCUCGGGCCUGGAAGCGGGGCCUCAGCUUUCCCAGAACAGUGCCGAGAACGGCAGAGGAGGCCGUGUGCUGAAGCCAGUCCGCCCCUUGGUGCUCCCUCGGGCGGUGAGAGAGACCCUGCCCGCUCAGGCAGAGGCUCCGGAGAAGAGGGGGACCCCAGCUGCAAAGACUCCAGGGGAGCGAAGCGUGGCUCCACCCAGGUCCCCGCUGAGACUCAUUGCCAAUGCCCUCCGAAAGUCCCUCCUGGUCCUCUCCAACUCGGAAGGCGGGAGGAAGGCCUGGGCCAAGCCAGAAUCCACGGCUCUGCCCACCAGCCAGCCGCAAGCUUGCACGCGCUCCUUCAGCCUUCGGAAACCCAGCUGCAACAAAGACUGGGACCAGCAGUCCCCUGGGAGAGACAUGGCCAGCAGGGCCUCGCCCUCCACCCCUGGCCUUCCCGACCCGGCCCUCCGCACCCACAGUUUGCCCAACCGGCCCUCCAAGAAGUUUCCUGCAUUGGCAUCCCCACCCUGCAGCAAGAUGGAAGAUGUCCCCAAACUCCUGGAGAAAGUGAGUUUGCAAGAGACCUUUCCAGAUGCUUCUAGGAGUCCAAAGAGAAAAAUCUUUUCCUCCCUCAGACUCAAAGACAAAUCCUCUGAGAGUCCUCUCCAAGAAUCCAGGCAAAGAAAGGACUUCCGUGACAUCUUCAGCAUCCCCAAGGGGAAGGUGCAGCCCGUGGACAGUGCGCGGCUGGGGCAGAGGGCCCCACCUCCUUCUCCAGAGCCCCCACCCCCACCCCCAAAUAGUAGCAUGCUAGGACAUUGUCCCAAGCACGUCCCCAUCAGGGCGCAGGUGACGGGGGCUGCCUCUUCUACCACCUCCUCCUCGGCAGAUGAAGAAUUUGAUCCCCAGCUUUCCUCGCGGUCAAAGGAGAGCAAGACACUUAGAAGAAGAAGGAAGUUGGAAAAAGCAACAAAACAACUGGUUAAGCAAGAAGAAUUAAAAAGACUUCAUAAAGCUCAGGCCAUCCAGAGGCAGCUGGAGGAGGUGGAGGAGCGGCAGAGGGCCUCCGAGAUCCAGGGCGUGAGGCUGGAGAAGGCUCUGAGAGGAGAAGCAGAUUCAGGCACACAGGAUGAAGCACAGCUUUUGCAGGAAUGGUUUAAGCUGGUUCUGGAGAAGAAUAAAUUAAUGCGAUAUGAGUCGGAGCUACUGAUCAUGGCCCAAGAGCUAGAAUUAGAAGAUCAUCAAAGCAGACUGGAGCAGAAAUUAAGAGAGAAAAUGCUUAAGGAGGAGAGCCAGAAAGAUGAGAACGAUCUAAACGAGGAGCGAGAAAUAUUCGCUGAGAUGAUGCAAGUGAUUGAGCAGAGGGACCGACUUGUGGAUUCCUUAGAGGAACAGCGCAUCAAAGAAAAGGCUGAAGACCAGCGCUUUGAAAGCUUCAUAUUCUCCAGGGGCUGUCAGCUGAGCAGGACGUGAGCAGGGCCCUCCCCCUCGGAGCCAGCCAAGGACCCGAUCCUGCCAUCCUGCCGAGCACACC